AUGGCAAGAUCGUGGCCGCCUCUGCUUCGCUCUCGGACCGACGCCGCCCGAAGCAAAGAGCCAGGCCCCGCGCGAAGGAAGCAAGCAAGCAAGCGGCGCUGGUGCGUCGCCCGGCCGGGAGAGAAGCCGAAGCGCGGCCGCCUCCGAGCCGCUGAUUUGGCCUUGCCGGCUUUGGGGGCUGGCCAGAGCCCACGUCCUCGCGUGGAACUUAGUCAAAUCGACUUCCGGGGGAUUGACUUCCCAGCCAGACCGACUUUGCCCUGA